UAUAUAUAUAUGGGAGAGUUCCGUACCCUGGUGCUGGCCAAGGUGCUGUCAGUGAGAGACAGCAACUGUCUGUACCCCAGCUGUACCCACUGUUACUGCAAACUACAUCACCACACAGACAGUAACAGGUAUGAAUGCAUGAGAUGCCAUGCUGUGUAUGCAGGUACAGAUGUCAAGUACAGAUACUGCCUCAACCUCACCAUAGCAGAUGACCAGACCCUGUGUGACGUUGCUGUGUUUGGGACCUGUUUGGAACCAUUCUUCGGGACAAGUGCAAACGGACUAAAGAGUUUUCUCGAUGACCAGCUGAAAGCAAGCAAGACCUCCACAUUCAUUGAUCCAGAUUCCAUCCUACACAAGGCGCUACAGCAUUCUCUGGUCGGAUUGAUGCUCCUGUUUGGGUUCAAGGUCAAAUGUGAAAGGUCAAGGUCACAGAGGGAGCGACACUCGCCUGUCAGGAUAAGGAACAUCUUGGAGAAGAGUCGUCAGCAGACGAACGGAUACCACGGAAAAACACCUCAACUCGUGGCUCAUCAAAUGGUACACGCCAACAGGGACACUCCCUUUGUAAGUGUACUGAAUAUACUCAAACGGAUUCUGGAAACGGACACUGACGACGAAAAAGCCAGAAGCAUACAAUUUGGCAUUACUAGAAACGCACUGCCAUCCAGGAGAAGUGUGAUUGGCUCUGAUGUCUCGUGGUGCUCAAGUAGCAGCUCUAGAGCGUCGUUUGGUCAGUCUUUCUCAAGGGUGAGCCUUGGUCAGCAGUCCUUGGUUCUCAGCUGUGAUGAAAGUACAAGUAGUGGGACUGAGAGUCUGAUAUCUUCCAGCAUGUCAUCAAAUGAUGCACAGAAUGAAUCAAUGGAGAGAACAGACUUCAGCAUCCACCACAGUUCUCAGGAUGAGACAUAUUUUGAAGAAACCCUGGCAAGCAUGUCUUGCAGAUGGAAGGCAAAUGAUCAUGACUAUAGACAAAAUGAGAUGUUUGACAAAGAUGGAAAAAUGGAAAAUAGAAUUUGCACAGCUACUGGACAGAAUGAGACAAAUGUCGAUAGCGAUGAGGGCGUUGGUGUACCAAAUGAAAAUCAUGAAGAAAGACAUGAAGAACACUCUGACAUUAGUAGGUAUGAGAAUAUCUCAGCAGGAUUUCUGGAGGGAGCCUUUGAUGAGACGUGCUGGGAAGGGGAGAUACUGGGAAAUCUGUGUCAGGAAGGGCAACAAAUUGGUGAACUGUCACGCAUAGAAGAUGGUGCAAUGGGAGGGAGUGCACCAAUAGAAGAGAUGAAAGAUGCAGCAAUGAGGGGAAAGAUUGGUUUUGCUUCGACCAAUAAGGAAACAUUAGAUAAGACUUGUAGAGAUGCUAAUGAGGCAGAGGUACCAUCCCACCCACAGCAUGUCAGAAAGGAGGUUAGUACGGCAUGUGAACAUGAUGUUCAAACAUACACAGAAGAGGAGGACUUACCAAAUGGGAAGUCAAGUUUUGAUGAGUCAUUGAAUGACAGCUGUCUGCUUUUGGCAGAUGUGUACAAUGAUCGGAUGCACGUGCAAAGGAUGUGCAAUGAAACUUCAAUUGGUGACCAAAUUCCAUAUAUAAGCAAGGGGGAUGGCAACCCAACACACCACCACAGCAGUAGUGAUGAAGAAGUACAGCAACAUGUAACCAAGACGUCUUGUGACGACUUGCCAUAUUCAGAAGGUUUGGACACCUUCAUAGACCAGUUGGACCAACCCUUGCAGGAUCUUCCGGAUAGACUGUGUCAAGCUAGCCGCCAUAAGGACAUGGAAGACUCUAAUGUAGAAGAUCAAAUCUCAAAGCAUGAUUCAAGGAUGGCACAGCAAGAGAGGAAGAUUCUUAGCACAUCCAGAGACUGCACCAACUGCACUGGAGACAAUGGUUUGAAUAGAAAACAACCAAACACAAAGAUAGAGCAUGUUGGAGAAGACACACAGAUGCAGGCAAUGUGGCAGGAAGAGUUUCCAUACUCAGAAGACCUGGACGCAUUCUUGGCAGAAAUGGACAAAAACGUUACUGUAGAAAGUGAGAGAAAAGAUGAUGUAGAUGUGUUCAUGGAGCGAAUUCAGCCGCCCAUUGAAGGUGAAGCAGACUUAUGUGUUAUCUCAUUUGCGACAGCUGUAGACAUUCAUCCAGAUACCACCACGGAUGACAUGGAGGGUGUUGGAGAAAAUUUAUCCUUUGACGACAGUGACAGAAAAGAUGAAAACUCUGCCAAAAGAGGCAGCAGAACAAAAUCUCUUUUUGAACAGUUAGUGAGAAGGAAAACUUUGAUGGCUCUGAAUUCUGAGUUAUCAUCAGCCAGGGUGUCGGAGAAAAACGAGAGUCCUGUCAAGGGGACAGAGAAGGAAGAUUCUAGAGAAGAUACUGGAGAAAUUGAUAGUGAAAGUGACAGCACAUCAAAUGACGCAGGUAACACUGUCUCAGACACUGAUUCGGCUUUGACAUCUUCAGUUAAGCGGUCAUCGGUAGGGAGGUCAGGUUCUAACGUUUCCAUCCCAGACUCUGAAAAGGGAAAAGAAAUGUUCCCACUAGGUAAGAGAGUGGCACAGCCACAGGACUCGAGGGAGAAUGCAGUUUUCACUACCGCAUCGGUAGAAAAUCAUGACUUCUCAUCGCUAUUUGAUGACUCGUUUGGUGGUCUGAGUGACACAGAAUCUCCCGAUUCACGCGGAAAAAGUUGCGGGAAAGGGGGAGGCAGGAACGAGUUACCAGACACUCCUGCUCCUCCAUCCAGAUCAGCAUCUCUAGCCAGCAGAUCAAAUACAAGGAGUCGUAACACCAAUACUACAGAAACAUCCCCAGUUACAAACAAUAGGAAAGCCACGGCUGCCAAAAGAAUUCCAAUAGAGCACAAUGGUUCAAAUUCUACACAUAUGGAGUGCAGAAACUUCCAUGCAGCCAACAGUGAUUGUGGGAAACCAACACCAAAUGAUGAAAAAACUGCAACAGCUACAAGUACAAGAAUGACAACAGCGUGCAAUAAUACAAAUUCUACACAGAUGAAGAGCAGUAACUUUCAUGCAGGCAACAGUGAUGGCAACAGUUCUAGGAAAACCACAGCAAACAAUGGGAAAAGCACAACAGCUACAAGAGUGCCAACAGUGCACAACGGUGCACCUCCUACACAGACAGAAUGCGAUAACGUCCACGCAGUCAACAGUGAUUGCGACAGCCCAGACAGCUCGCCCAAUGAGCUCGCAGACACGCCCUACGACAGCAGAUGUAGAAGUUUCCUGUCGGUGAGAGGCAUGCUUUCUUUCAACUCCACCGCCGACGAUGGAAAGGGCUCGGACAGUGCUUAUAGCAGCUCUACAAUACACCUGUCGCCAAGUGCAGAAAGAAAGAAAACAUCUACCAAAGAACCAAUGGAAAACCAAGAAACACAUAGAAGGAAGAGUGUCCACUUUUCAAGCCAUUUAGAAUCGGUGCAUGAAAUCAGCCAGCCGGCAGGAAGCGAGGAAGUGUUUGAUGAUUGCACCGUCUCAAACUCUGUCUUGAAGUCCCUGCCGACAGCUUCUUAUUGUUUAAGGGCUUCACCAAGGAAGUUGCCACUUCAGUCAAUAGAUAACUAUGACAAUUUUGAGGGGACCCCAGAAUUGUAUUCUCAGAGGUUGCAGAGUGACAAGAAAAUGGUAAACAGUGUAGCUCGAAUUCGGACACCAAUGUCAUAUGACGGCACACCGAACCUUUUCUCACAGCUGUCACCAACGUCGACGGACAGAAGACAUGUCGGAGUAGAGAAAUAUACUAGAAUGAGGUCAGUAGGCAAUGAUUCCACUCCCAACUUUUUUUCGCAGUUCUCACCACAGGACAGUGACAGUGGAGGAAUCAUCCCAGGUACAGAGGAAAAAGCUAACAGAAGAAGGGUGUCGUGCAUGUUAAAGGAUGUUGUUAGAUACCCUGCAGACAACACAUUCCAGGGUACCCCUGACUUGUUUGAGACUAGUUCUCACGGUGGUAGCGAAAGCGGUGAUUUAGGAGCAUCUCCUGACUUGUUUGGUGAUUCUCCCAUUCCCGACUCUCCUGUGAACGUGCGACAUACUGGCGUUAUGUCACUUUGCAAACGCCUUUUUCACAAAAAGUAGAAUGCUGUAGUGAUGUAUACAUGUAUUCGCCUCACAAGUGAUUGUCGGUUUGAUAAUUUCAUUAGAGGGCGAUCACUUAAUAGCCAGAAUUUGAUGUGCAUAACCCUCUAUUUCAUAAUUUGAAUAUGAUUCAAGAUAUAUUAAAGACAAUGAUACAGCAAAAGUGGGUGAUUUGACUUAGCAUUCUGUAGAAACUCAUUGUGGCAUCGUUUGCUGCAAUUGGUAAAGGUGUUUCAAGUUUGGCCUAAACCCCAAAGGUCAGGUUUCAAAACCACUUAAUCAGUUAACGAUACAUGUAUGUGCCCUGAUGUUGUUCCCUGGAAAAGGCACUUUACACGACUUUCCUCACUUCACUCAAAUGUAAAUGUGUACCUAGCUUCGGUUAGGGCCGUCCUUCGGAUAGGAAGUUAAAUGGAGGCCCCAUUGUUUCAGGAGAUUCACACCCCGAGCACACCACACGAAAAGAGUAGGGGUCCUUCCCGGGGUGAAAGGACCAAAUUUUACAGUCUGGUCUCCAGGUUGACAUCUUGAAAAGGUGAUAGUCACCUGUUGUCAAUCCUUCCACAAAUGUGGUAAACCUAAAUAGCUAACUAAAGAAAUAAAAUAAAUUGAUAUCAUGUGCCAUUGAC